UAGAUAACACAAACACAUCCAGCUGACUACUCACACUUCACUCACUCAAAUCACAAAGCUAAGAGUGUGUAACAGUGACAAAAAUCCCAUUUUCAUCCCAUGGCCAAAGAAUCCCAUCAUUUACAAUCCAUGGCCAAAGAAUCAUCAGAAUCAUCUGUAUCUCAACCCCACCCUAACACCACCACCACCACCACCACCACCACAACAACAACAAACCCCAUUAAUAAUGUAUCUCUCCCAGCUCAUUUACCACCCACUAAACUUCCUUCAAGACCAAGAAAAACCCGCAAACUUUCCAACACUGACACUUGUUCCCCCAAAACUUCCAUUAUUAUUUCAAGAAUCAUCCCUCGUUCACUUUCAUCUUCAGGUGAGCUUGAAUCCGCCAUUAAUUACCUUAAAUCUUCUGACCCAUUACUUUCUCCAUUAAUGCAAACAUACCCACUUCCAAUUCUUGAACUUUUUCAACCCCCUUUUCUUGCCUUAACAAAAUCCAUUCUUUUUCAACAACUUGCUUAUAAAGCCGGGUCAAGUAUUUAUACCCGGUUUAUAUCUCUAUGUAAUGGUGAAUCUAAUGUAUGUCCAGAUAUGGUGUUGAGUUUGACACCACAACAACUUAGACAAGUUGGUGUAUCUGCUAGAAAAGCAAGUUAUUUACAUGAUUUAGCAAGAAAGUAUAAAAAUGGGAUUUUGUCAGAUAAAUCAAUUGUUGAUAUGGAUGAUAAAUCACUUUUUACUAUGUUAACUAUGGUUAAUGGAAUUGGUUCUUGGUCAGUUCAUAUGUUUAUGAUUUUUUCAUUACAUAGGCCUGAUGUGUUACCAAUACAUGAUCUUGGUAUUAGGAAAGGUGUGCAAAUGUUAUAUGGACUUGAGGAUUUACCUAGGCCAUCACAAAUGGAUCAGUUGUGUGAGAAAUGGAAACCGUAUAGGUCGGUAGCUUCGUGGUAUAUUUGGAGGUAUGUAGAGGCAAAAGGGGCGAAUUCAAAAGCGAAUAAUGUGGUGGGGAAUUCUAAUGUUAGUUUACAACAGCAGAUGUUGACAAUGCAGCAACAACAACGUCAAUCGGAUCAGCAGUUCUUGGAUCCUAUUAAUGGGGUUCUUAAUGUUGGGGCAUGUGCAUGGGGACAGUAAGUGAAGUCAAGUCACAUAGUUGUCAGUGGCAGUGGAGUUUUUUUGGGGGGUAGCAAAUUGCUGAAAUGUUGGCAACAGGUUGUCUACAUGUACUGAAAAGUCUGGAAAUAGCUAAGAACAUUGUGAAUCCACUUUGUAAGUUCAGCAAGAACUGGUGUUGUAAGUUGUAACUCAUCCUUUUUACUGAGAAGGGCCACUUUUUAAAUAUUAAAAGUUAAUUACUCAAAA